AUUCAUGCGGACGCGCGCGCGGUAUGCCGGCUCGGCUCGGCUCGGCUCGAUCGUGCGAACUGUCCACCGGAAGCGCUCGAAAAGUCUCACACGCACGCACGCACACAUGCGCGGGUCGUUUAGUAGUCGAGGGCGCGUUUAAAGCCCCAGUCAGACGGAGGGCGCUUUCAGCCCCCAGCGAGGGCUCCCUUUGCUUUGCUCCUCUUUCCACACGCGAAUUUUCUCACCAACUCGUUACGUAAUUCGAGCGCUCCGACGAAGCGUGUCCGGUGAGUCUUAGUGAGUCGACCACCUGGUUAACCUUAACAUCGUUAACCUUAACGAAGACGGAGAGUUGCGGAGUCGUCGAGCUUCACGACCGCUUCAGCCGAUCGCGAUCUUCGCUCGAGUUGUGACGUUCGAGCCGCAACCCUCGAGCUCCGAUAUCCAGUCUGAUACUGGCUUAACGUUGCACGCAUCGUUCACUUGACGUCACACCUUCGACACCGUCGUCGACAUCAGCCCUCAUUCAACGUAACCGACCGCUCGAGCAGCUCGUGUUCUCGCGAGCAUGAACGGCGACGACGACAACGACGAUAAUUUGCCGGCCGCGUACGUCACCGUGGACAAGCCGUGGGAGCAUGGGCCGGAGUACGUGUUCCAGGUCCAGGUGAACUCCACGGCGAUCCCGGAGGAGGACAUGUACGACAGCGUCCGGCUGAACCUGGAGUCGCGGCUGAUCUGCCAGCCGAAGGUCGACUCGUACUCGCUGAGCUGCCGCUUCAAGGACUCCGUGGCGAACAGCUUCGUCACGGACAUCCUGGAGCCGACGGGCCCGGCGGUGCCGGCCGGGCCGGUGAGCCGGCAAGAGGCGUACGAGAUAAACGAGGACCAGUUCGAGAUCAAGUUCAACGAGAAGGGCCUGGACAGUCUGCUGGUGAACGAGAACAUACAGCCGCGCGAGCUCGACAUGAUCCGCCUGAUAGUCGGCCAGCUGAACUUCGGCAUCAGCUUGAGCGAGGCGGGCCGCGUGGCGAACCGCGAGGACGGCAUCUUCGACGCGAUGGAGAACUUCACGCAGGGCGAGUGCGUGACGACCUUCAAGAUCGACAGGAAGGUGAACGCGCGCUUGCACGGCAAGAGCAACUUCCUCCUCAGGCCGGUGCUGGACCUGAAGGAGCAGAAGAUGCUGCAGAUACGGAAGAUCCGGCAUCUGCACAUAUGCACGCACAAGGUGCCCUACUUCUUCGGCAACGCGGAGAACCUCGCGGAAGUCAGCGACAUCGUGUCCGAUAUCAGCACGUCGUACAGUCAGAUCGCCGUGACAGAGAGCGACUUCGUCUCCGACAUGUCGAGCGUGAUAACGAUGAACAAGAUCACCGAGGCGGUGCUGACGACGCUUUACGAGAACGUGCGGCUGAGGCUCGUGUCGAUCCGACCGGCCGAGAGCGAGCCGCCGGCGGUGACAGAAGCCGAGCCCGCCAGCAUCUUCAUCGGCAGGUGGUUGAUCGCCGGCUCCGCCGACGAGGACAACUAGGAGGCUUACUCGCGAGGAACACUGUCGUAAUCGCCAGUGUCAGGGUGCUCGCCGCCACGGGCGACGCGCGUUGCGCAACGACGCGCAGCAACGAGAGAGAGAGAGAGAGAGAGAGAGAGAGAGAGAGAGAGAGACCCCGCGCGUCUCCCCGCGGUCACUUUAGUCCGCGCGCGGUUCGUCUAAUUUCCGCUCUUACUUAACACGCACCAUUCCAGGCGACACGACGCGUCUUUCGUGUUCAACAAGCUGGACACAUUUGCGGCCCCGCGUCGACGAAGCCGCGCGAGAGGCGGUGAAGAUUUUGUGGAAAAUAAACGAUUAUGUAUCACACA